UUCUGAAUUUCAUGAACGUGGGCCGGGUGCCAUUGGCUGCACGACACGGGUUUUUGGGCUAUUUGUUGCCAAUUUAUGAAGGUAAGCGUAAGCUGAAACUGAAUACAUUAGAAAGAGUCAUAAAAAGAAAAACUGGUUCAAAUUUUCUACAGUUUCCAUCAAAUAUUGUACGGCAAAACGAACUUCAGGUUAAGAAGUCUGCGAAGUCGAAUAAACGUUCGUCUAAUUUGACAGAUUUGAAAAAGUAUCCUCACAUUUGUUCUGGUUGGACUACUUGCGAUGAAUUGCUGGUUCAUCAAUUGGUCGACGAGAUUUUGAAAGAAUUCCCGAAUAGCCGAAACGAUUGUGUGCCUUUGGAUGUUGAAGACGAAAUAUUUUGUGUUGACAAUCUAGUUGCUAGUGGGACUCAGAAAAUUUCGAUAUCAGAUGACCUUUUGAGACCCAGGUUGUUUCUGUUUGAUUUUGGAUGUCUUGUUUUCUGGAAUGUGGAUCAUAGUGUGGCGAGGAUUGUGAGACGGAUAGCUGAUGAAAGAGGUUUGCAAAAGGGAAGUUAUGACCCAUCGAUCGUGCUACAAGAAAACGACUCAAUUCCAUUUGUGAAGGAUAGCUCGCGAAGUAUCCCUCAUAUACGCAAAGAGCUAAUUCGUUUUCCGAAUGAGUUGAGUUUGAGAGACAUCAUUCUGUAUCAGUUUGCAUAUUCAAACAGCAUGGCAUUAUCAGUUAAGCUUGCCUACUGGGAAAUUGCAGUGGAGGGCCUAGUGCGAAGUAUGUCACCCUACAUCAAUCAAAUGAGGUCAGGUCACGUGAUGGUACAGGAUGAAGAAAUCAUGAAAAUGUACGGAGAGCUAUUUCACUUCGACCACAGAAUCAACCUUUCCAGUGACUUCCUGGACAUUCCGGAAAUCUACUGGAAUCAGUCUCUGCUGGAAGAGGCAUUUCUAUCGAUGCGACUGUACUUGGGAGUUAAAGAACGGGUCAGAAUAAUUGGGGUAAAAAUUACCCAAUCUUUUAAUUUACUAGAAAUGCUACGAAGUCAUCUGAACGAGACAAGUUCUCACCGUUUAGAACAAUGGAUCAUAAUGCUUAUUUCGUUAGAGAUUUUAAUUUGUUUAGUUACUCCCGAGCUAAUAUUGCAAAUACUGCAAGAUGUUCGCAAAAAGUUAUUUGAUAGCUCUACUGCUUAUGUUGAAACAACGAAAUACAGAAAAGAUUCCAGUUUAAAUAUUAUUGAUUGAUGUUUUCUUAGUUAAUGCCAAUUAAGCAAUACGUGAAA